GACGCAGAGCAGCUGCUUUGACCUCUGACCUCGAUGUGUCCUGUAGCCGCAGAGCUUGGGUAAAGAAAAAUGGCUGAGGUUGAUUUCGGGGAUAGUGAGCUCUUUGAGCAGCUCGAUGACUCCGCACCGGCCGUCCCGACGCACAUACGCUUCACAGAUGACGAGGAAGACCAGGAGGAGACGAGCCGGCUCCGGAGCAGGCUGGAGGAGUGCGACGAUUACAUCCAGAGACUCACUGAGGAGAAUAAAGAUUUGAGGAGAAAACUCAACAUCCUGACACGGCCGAGCGGCAUCACAGUCGAAGAUAUCAAUUUUGACGGACCAGUACUGCAGAUCCUUUACGCAAACAACAUUAUUUCAAAGCAGUGUCGUCAAGAAAUUGAAGAUUCCAUCUCCAAUGUGAUUUUGAAGCACCACAAACCAAGCAAUGAAACGAAAAAAUCUACCUGUCACAUAAAACCUCAGAAUUCAGCUUUUGCAAUGGACGAAGAUCUGCAGAAGUCUGCUUCCAGUGGUGUAAGAACAACAACAGAAGCCUUUAAGGUGGUUGGAAGCGUCUUACAUUUCCAAACUUUCAGUCUCGAUAAACUUGGACAGCCUCUGGUGAAUGAAAACCCCCAGAUGACAGAGGGCUGGGUCGUUCCAAACUAUCUCCAGGUUUUCAACCAUGUCAUUGGCACAGAUGGACAGGAGAUAGAAAUGAAAGACAAAAGACCCAAAUCUAUGUGUUUCAACUGUGGUUCGAGUGGGCAUCAGAUGAGAGACUGUCCAAAGCCUAAAGACAUGGCUGCAAUUAAUGAGAGAAGAAAGGAGUUUAAUCAGAACAACAACCAGGCCAUGCAGGGUAACCAGCGAUACCAUGCUGACGAAGUGGAGGAGCGGUUCGCUAAAUACAAGCCUGGCGUCCUGAGUGAAGAAUUGUUGACAGCUCUGGGAAUCGAUGGCAACACGCUCCCUCCUCUGAUUUAUCGUAUGAGGCAGCUGGGCUACCCACCAGGUUGGCUAAAAGAGGCAGAGAUGGAAAACUCUGGCUUAACGAUGUAUGAUGGAAAUGUUUCAAAUGAUGGUAAUCUAACAGACAAUACCAAUUCGCAAAACAUCUCUUACGAUGUCUCCAAACUGGUCGAUUUUCCAGGCUUCAAUGUACCUGCACCGCACAUAAUGAAAGAUGAAUUCAUGCAGUAUGGUUCGAUUCCAAUGCAGACCAGUCACAUGAAGCAAAACUAUGCAGCCUAUCUGUCCAACAACUUCCCCAUGCCUGGUGCCACCUGCAACAAGAGACGACAUGAAUCUGACUCAUCUCCACAGCUAAGGAAGAAGACAAGGUCCAGUCCUGAUAGGACUUCGGAUAGGAGCUCAGACAUGGAUAUUGAAUCGGACCCAGGCACACCUUAUCAUGUUCAUGGCGCAGGUGACUUCCAGUUCCAACCUCCGCUGCCUCCUGGCUCGCCUUGCUUCAGUUCACCUCCUCCUUUACCCCAUGGCACUCCUCCUGCUACACCCACUCCCCCACCUCUUCCUAAAGGUACGCCUCCUCCCACACCCACCAACGGCUCUCCAGCUCUGCGAGGGCGUAACUGGGUAGCUGAUGAGGCUGCGGCUGAGGGAACAGAGGAUGACCUGACGCUGGAGGAACUGGAGGAGCAGCAGAGGCUGAUUUGGGCAGCUUUAGAAAAUGCUGACACUGCCACCAACAGUGACUGUGAGACGCCUGCACUGGGAACACCUGCGCCGGGAACACCUGCGCCGGGAACACCUGCGCCGGGAACACCUGCGCCCAGUUCACCAAGUGUGUCCACACCUGCGCAUGUAGACACAGAACCAGAAGAGGUUGAAGAAGCGAUGGACACAACAAAACCUGCAGAAACUUGUCAAAGCAGUGAAAAUAAAAAGGAACCGGGGAUUCAAGAGAUUUGCUCUCAAGCAUCUGAACCAAUGAAAGUCGAGGAUGACAGUCCACAGAGUCCUGAACCAGUCAAAACCCAAAACGACACCACUAUGAGUCCCGGUCCAAUCAAAGCCCAAGAUGACAGCCCUCAGAGUCCUGGUCCAAUCAAAUGUCAGGAAGACAAUCCACAGAGCCCUGUGGAGAAGAUAUCAGCUGUUCCUCAUAGGAGCAACUUUGCAGCUGGCAUUGUUCCUUUCGAAGACACACCAGAAUUCACUGAAGUUGCUGAAGCCACAGGGACAUACCUGAAGAUCAGAGACUUGCUGAAAAGUUCCCCUCGAAAUUUGGCCAAGAAAAAAUAAAAAUUCUCCAUCUUGAUUUGGAACAUUGAUUAUUUUUAAAAUUAGAUUAUUUUCAUUUUCAUGACCAUCCUGGCAGCCAUGUUUUUUAGCCGUUUUAUUAUUUUUGUACCAAGAUGAAUGUCUAUGCUGUGUAUAUACAUUUGAUCUGUAAUGAAACAAUGAGGGAGGGACAUUGAGGGAUGCUGCAACAGCAAUGGUUUGUAGGUUUUCACCAAUUAGUCUAUUUUUUUUUUUAAGCACUAAAGUUACUCAUGAAUUUUGUUUUAUUGUAAAAUUUGUAAAAGGUAAUUUCAUGGCCUGUAUUGUUUUAAUAGCGUUUUGUGUCUACAUGGCUUUUUCUAUUUUUGUCCCACUUGAAUUGCUCUAAAAUCUUGAACAUGCUUGUAUUUGCUUCAGUGUGUUAUUUUUUUUAUGUAUGCUGACAGCACAGAUGGCUAAAUAUGUGUGCUAACAGUUUAUAGUUGAUUGUUAACCAUCUUCAGCAGAGAACAAGCUGACCCUCUUUUACCAUAAUCAGUUCACUUGCUGCACAUGAAAUGGCAUAUAAUUGAAUCUCUGCACUACAACAAUCAUCAGAAAGCUUGGUCUACAU